AUGGACCUCCAGCUCCGGGUGCCGCCCGACCGGUGGUGCAUCACGCGCAGCGAGUUCUUUGCCUUCAUCGAGGAAGUUCGCAAGCUUUGGAAGCUGGACAAAAUUCCAGACGGCGAUGUCCCGAACCCGUUUCACAACGACCCGCACCAUGGACCCAACCUCUACCAGGUCAACCAGCACUUCGUCAAGCCUGUGACAUGGGCGGCCGGUGGGAUGUCCUAUGCGCUGAUGAAGCAUCCAGCUGGCUUGCCGUGCCAGGUGUUUCUGUCCCACGCCUGGGCCGAAGGCCUCUUCGAGCUCGGCGACUUAGUGCACCGCGGCUGGCCACGCCUGCAGGGCAUUGUGAACCUGUACUGCUGCCUCCUGGCGAACCCGCAGAACCUCGACAUCGAAGACCUCUUGAGCGUUCCUCCAGAGGAAAGCCCCUUCGCCAAAGCUAUGAAGAGCGCGACGCAUGUGCUGGUGAUCCCGAAUGACACAGUCAGCAUCUACACGAGAUUAUGGUGUGUCUUUGAGGCUUACCUCGGCACGCAGUGGCAGAAGGUUGUAGUGAUGCCGACCAGGCCCCGUCCCUCUGUUCAACGGGCCGUCGUGAUGCAGACGUUGCUUCUCCCGUGGUCUCUCGGAGUGCUCGUCGGCUCUGUUCUGGCGGUGGCCCUACUGCACCACAGGAAGACCAAGAAGACUGUUGUGAUCUGGGCCAUGUUUGUGAAUGUCACGCUCACUGCUCUCUGCUUCAUCACGUCAUGCAUGAGCAAGCUGAACACUCACUCCUGCCGGAGCUGGAUGAAGUUCACCAUCAUCGGGAAGGCGCACAUCUGCCUGACCUUGACCAGCGCGGCAUUGGCAUGCACAUGGCUGAGCUUCCCGAUUCACCGUGGGACGAGUUGGGACCAUUUCCUGCACUUCUUCAUCCCGGUGGCAGUUACCCUGUUCAACCUCCUCCGUGUCGCCCAAAUCAACCAGCAGCAACUGGAAAGCCGUGAGAUUAACACGCAAGCUGGGAAUCUCCACGUUCAGACCCUGGAUGAUGCCACGUGCUCUCACCCACUCGAUGAAGGGCGAAUCCGCUUGGCCAUUUCCGGCCGUGAGGCCGAAGUGGACAUGGCCAUCCGAGUGCUUAUGCAAGCUGGAUCUUACAACGAGAGCUUGCGCCGCCGAUACGAAGCUGGUCUCAGUAUCAAAGGUCUGGGGAACACGGAUCUUAUUAUCAAGAUACCGCUCGUUUGCAUCCUCUGGUCGCUCUCCAUCAUCGAUACAUGUGGCUUCUUGGAAAUUAAGUUUGUGGACUGCGAAGUACAAUCCGUCUGGCUCUACACGUCUAUAUCGGUUAUGAUUGCAACGACAUUGUCGCUACCGUUUGUCACAUGGCUUCUAGUUCGGCGUGGAGGCCCUCAUCGCGGUGCUUUCGCAUCCACGAUUUGCUCGCGCGCGGCGGUUGCAGCGCUUGGUUUGCCUCUCCUGGUCGAGAUUGACUGCCACCUCCUGCGAGCUGCAGGCAUCCUGAAGGAUGGCGAGUGUCCGACCCAGCUCAGCUGGUUCAUGGUGACCGGGUUCCGACCUGUCGUCGCCCUGCUAUCGGCCUUUUGGGCCCUUCUUGGACUCCACGUUUGCUUCGAGCGGAGUGUCCCGCGGCACCAACAUGUAAUUUAG